GUCGUUGUUGGACCCCACGGCACCACUGUCCCUCAUAUAUUGCAAUAAAACAAAGAAAAGGUUGAGAAUUGAAGAGAGAGAAGCACCCCUUUGGCUUUUCCAUUGUUGUUCUUGCCAUGGAGGAGUUUCAAAGAUCAAGGUCUUAUGCGAAUGGCCAAAUGAUGCAGAUUGAGACCUACUAUGGAGCUCCUACCAGAUGUUACAGUGCUUCCUAUGCUCAAACUCAGAUUCCUCAGAGGGACUUCAAGUUGAAGAAAGGGAAAAGCAUUUCUGCAGCUUCUUCUUUCUCCAAGUCUUGGGCCUUAUCUGAUCCCGAGCUUCAGAGGAAGAAGAGGGUUGCCAGCUACAAAAUGUAUUCCGUCGAAGGCAAGAUCAAAGGCUCCUUCAGAAAGAGCUUCAGGUGGCUCAAGAACAAGUAUUCUCAAGUCGUUUAUGGCUGGUAGUGCUACUGCUUCAAAAUUAUUCCUCCUUUUUUUACAUCUAUCAACUGUGUUUAUCAGAAGAAUCUGUAGAUUAAUCAUUCAUGGAUUAUCAUCGCUUUACUUGAAUUCGUCAAAGCUUUUUUUGUCUAUAUGUGGAAUAAUCUGUUACUUUUUAUUGGGUCCUGGAAGAUCUUCUCUCUGAGGGUUCACAUCGAUUUAUAUUUGUUCUGUUGUUCAUGAUUUUUUAACUGAAUCAUCUGUAGUAAUGAGUAUUUGGAUCCAAUAAACGAUCUUCUACUUUUAA